GCCUGGGGAGGGAGUCGUCUCCCCAACCCUCCGGAAGGAGGAGGAGCUCGAGUCGGAGCCGCCUUAGCGCGGCCGCCCGGCCUGAGGGGGAGGGAGUGAGGUUGAGGCAAGAUGGCGGCUAAGGUGGCGAAGCUGCGGCGGCGGCCGGAGUGAGCGCCCAGCUCGCCGUGCCGAGCGAGGCUCGCCGGGAGGAGGGCCGCGCGCCGGGGCCGCGCCCUGGUCGUCCGGCCGUGGGACGCCCCGGCUCUCACGCUCCGCCAGCUCCCGGUUGCUUCCUAGAAACAUGAUUGUUUGUUGGACUUGAUCUCACAGCCCAGUGAGGACGUCUUUACUGAUAAUGUCAAGUUCAGGUUACCCUCCCAACCAAGGAACUUUCAGCACAGAGCAAAGUCGUUAUCCUUCACAUUCUGUCCAGUAUACCUUUCCCAGUACUCGACACCAGCAGGAAUUUGCAGUUCCUGACUAUCGUUCUUCUCACAUCGAAGUCAGCCAGGCAUCGCAGCUUUUACAACAGCAGCAGCAGCAGCAGCAGCAGCAGCAGCAGCAGCAGCAGCAGCUUCGAAGACGACCGUCCUUGCUUUCAGAAUUUCACCCAGGUUCUGACAGGCCUCAAGAAAGAAGAAGUGGAUAUGAACAGUUUCACUCAGGUCCUUCCCCGGUGGAUCAUGAUUCCUUGGAGUCCAAGCGGCCACGCCUCGAGCCCGUUUCUGAUGCCCAUUUCCAGCGUGUUAGUGCUGCGGUUUUACCUUUAGUUCACACGCUGCCAGAAGGGCUGAGGUCGUCUGCAGAUGCUAAGAAGGAUUCAGCAUUUGGAGGCAAACAUGAAGCUCCAUCCUCUCCAUUGGCUGGGCAACCAUGUGGAGAUGAUCAAAACGCUUCACCUUCAAAGCUUUCGAAGGAAGAGUUAAUACAGAGUAUGGAUCGGGUUGACCGAGAGAUUGCAAAAGUAGAGCAGCAGAUCCUUAAAUUGAAAAAGAAACAACAACAGCUAGAAGAAGAAGCAGCUAAGCCCCCUGAGCCGGAAAAGCCUGUGUCCCCUCCUCCUGUGGAACAGAAACAUCGUAGUAUUGUCCAAAUUAUUUACGAUGAGAAUCGGAAAAAAGCAGAAGAAGCUCAUAAAAUAUUUGAAGGACUUGGCCCAAAAGUUGAACUGCCACUUUAUAACCAGCCAUCAGAUACCAAGGUGUACCAUGAGAACAUCAAGACAAACCAGGUGAUGAGGAAAAAACUCAUUUUAUUUUUUAAAAGAAGAAAUCAUGCAAGAAAACAAAGGGAACAAAAAAUCUGCCAGCGUUAUGAUCAGCUCAUGGAAGCAUGGGAGAAAAAAGUGGACAGAAUAGAAAAUAAUCCCCGGAGGAAAGCAAAAGAAAGCAAAACAAGGGAAUACUAUGAGAAGCAGUUUCCAGAAAUUCGAAAACAAAGAGAACAGCAAGAAAGAUUUCAGCGAGUUGGUCAGAGGGGAGCUGGUCUUUCAGCCACCAUUGCUAGGAGCGAGCAUGAGAUUUCUGAAAUUAUUGAUGGUCUUUCUGAGCAGGAGAAUAAUGAGAAGCAAAUGCGUCAGCUUUCUGUCAUUCCACCUAUGAUGUUUGAUGCAGAACAAAGAAGGGUCAAAUUCAUCAAUAUGAAUGGACUUAUGGAGGAUCCAAUGAAGGUUUAUAAAGACAGACAGUUUAUGAAUGUUUGGACUGACCAUGAAAAGGAGAUCUUUAAGGACAAGUUUAUCCAGCAUCCAAAAAACUUUGGACUAAUUGCAUCCUAUUUGGAAAGGAAGAGUGUCCCUGAUUGUGUUUUAUAUUACUAUUUAACCAAGAAAAAUGAGAAUUAUAAAGCCCUUGUGAGAAGGAAUUAUGGAAAACGCAGAGGCAGAAAUCAGCAGAUUGCCCGUCCCUCACAAGAAGAAAAAGUAGAAGAAAAAGAAGAGGAUAAAGCAGAAAAAACAGAGAAAAAGGAAGAAGAAAAGAAGGAUGAUGAAGAAAAAGAUGAGAAGGAAGACUCUAAAGAAAUAACCAAGGAAAAGGACAGAACAGAAGCCACAGCAGAAGAAACUGAGGAGAGAGAACAGGUCACUCCGAGGGGGCGAAAGACUGCUAACAGCCAGGGGCGCCGGAAGGGCCGGAUCACCAGGUCCAUGACAAGUGAAGCUGCAGCUGCCAGUGCUGCUGCUGCAGCCACUGAGGAGCCCCCUCAACCCCUGCCACCACCACCAGAGCCCAUUUCUACUGAACCUGUUGAGACUUCAAGAUGGACAGAAGAAGAAAUGGAAGUUGCUAAAAAAGGCCUGGUAGAACAUGGUCGUAACUGGGCAGCCAUUGCCAAAAUGGUGGGAACUAAAAGUGAAGCCCAGUGUAAAAACUUCUAUUUUAACUAUAAAAGACGGCACAAUCUUGACAACCUUUUACAGCAACAUAAACAGAAAGUGAGUAGAGCAGUGGUGGCUUCACGAAAACCCCGUGAGGAACGAGAUGUGUCUCAGUGUGAAAGUGUUGCUUCCACUGUUUCUGCUCAAGAGGAUGAAGAUAUUGAAGCCUCAAAUGAGGAGGAGAAUCCAGAAGAUAGUGAAGGUGCUGAAAAUAGUUCUGAUACAGAAAGUGCUCCCUCUCCUUCACCAGUUGAAGCUGCCAAGUCCAGUGAAGACAGCAGUGAAAAUGCUGCUUCUCGAGGAAACACCGAACCUGUGGCUGAGCUUGAGGCCACCACUGACCCUGCACCCUGUGCAUCUCCCUCUUCAGCAGCUCCAACCACAAAACCAGCAGAAAGUGAAAGCGCGGAGGCCCAGGUGACUGACAGCGCCAGUGUGGAGACCGCAGAGCCGAUGGAUGUAGACCGUGAGCAGUGCGGUGCCGAGGGCAGUUCUGGUCUUGAUCCACCAGCCCCUGCCAAAGCCGACUCCGUGGACCCAGAAAUGCAGGUACCUGAAAAUACUGCGUCUAAAGGUGAAGGGGAUGCCACGGAGAGAGACUUGGAGAGCACCAAUGAGAAGACAGAGGCUAGAGAUGAAGACUUGGUAGUGGCUGAGCAGAUCCAGAGGCCUGAACCACAGUCAGACAACGACUCGAGUGCCACAUGCAGUGCAGAUGAGGAUGUUGAUGGGGAGCCAGAGAGGCAGAGAGUGUUUCCCAUGGAUGCAAAGCCUUCAUUGUUAAACCCUCCUGGAUCUGUACUACUCUCAUCCCCUAUUAAACCAAACCCAUUGGAUCUGCCACAGCUUCAGCAUCGUGCUGCUGUUAUCCCUCCAAUGGUUUCUUGCACCCCAUGUAAUAUACCAAUUGGAACGCCCGUAAGUGGCUAUGCUCUUUACCAACGGCACAUUAAGGCCAUGCACGAGUCAGCACUCCUGGAGGAACAGCGGCAGAGGCAAGAACAGAUAGACCUGGAAUGCAGAAGCUCUACAAGCCCAUGUGGCACUUCUAAGAGUCCAAACAGGGAGUGGGAAGGAAAAUCAGUCGCCUAUAUGCCUUAUGCUGAGGUCAAACGUGCUCUAGAACAGGAAGCACAGAUGCACAGUACCGCAGCAAGGUCAGCCUCACCGUGUAGGCUCUCUCCAAGAGAAGUCAGUAAAGCCGCUUCACAGCCUGAUAUGAGUGCAGCCCGCUAUAGUGUCCCUCCAGUCCUCCAACCUGCUCCACAUCAAGUGAUAACUAACCUUCCUGAAGGGGUUCGGCUACCAACAACGAGACCAACCAGGCCACCACCUCCCCUCAUCCCAUCAUCUAAAACCACAGUGGCAUCAGAAAAACCAUCCUUUAUAAUGGGAGGGUCCAUCUCACAGGGAACUCCUGGCACUUACUUGUCUUCUCAUAAUCAGGCUUACACUCAAGAAGCAGCUAAGCCCUCAGUGGGGUCUAUCUCUCUUGGAUUGCCACGGCAGCAAGAAUCUACUAAAUCAGCUCCUUUGACCUACAUCAAACAGGAAGAAUUUUCUCCACGAAGCCAAAACUCACAACCUGAGGGUUUAUUGGUCAGAGCACAGCAUGAAGGUGUGGUCAGAGGCACUGCAGGGGCUGUCCAAGAAGGAAGUAUAACUCGGGGAACUCCAGCCAGCAAAAUCUCAGUGGAGAGCAUUUCAUCCUUGCGGGGCUCUAUUACACAGGGCACCCCAGCUCUGCCCCAGGCUGGCAUACCAACAGAGGCUUUGGUGAAGGGACCUGUUUCAAGGAUGCCUAUUGAAGAAAGCAGUCCUGAGAAGGUCAGAGAGGAAGCUGCAUCCAAAGGCCAUGUUAUCUAUGAAGGCAAAAGUGGCCAUAUCUUAUCAUAUGAUAAUAUUAAGAAUGCCCGAGAAGGGACUCGGAGUCCAAGAACAGCUCAUGAAAUGAGUUUAAAAAGAAGCUAUGAGUCAGUGGAAGGAAAUAUAAAGCAAGGCAUGUCGAUGAGGGAGUCUCCUGUAUCAGCACCUUUAGAGGGUCUGAUAUGCCGAGCAUUACCCAGGGGGAGCCCUCAUUCUGACCUCAAAGAAAGGACUGUGCUGUCUGGUUCCAUAAUGCAGGGCACACCAAGAGCAACAGCUGAAAGUUUUGAAGAUGGCCUUAAAUACCCCAAACAGAUAAAAAGGGAAAGCCCUCCUAUCCGAGCAUUUGAAGGUGCCAUUACCAAAGGAAAACCAUAUGAUGGUAUCACAACCAUCAAAGAAAUGGGACGUUCCAUUCAUGAAAUUCCACGACAAGAUAUUCUAACUCAGGAAAGCCGAAAAACUCCAGAAGUGGUCCAGAACACGAGGCCAAUAAUUGAGGGUUCUAUUUCCCAGGGCACACCAAUAAAAUUUGACAACAACUCAGGUCAAUCAGCUAUCAAACACAAUGUGAAGUCCUUAAUCACAGGGCCUAGCAAACUACCCCGUGGAAUGCUGGAAAUUGUACCAGAGAACAUAAAAGUAGUAGAACGGGGAAAAUAUGAGGAUGUGAAAGCAGGCGAGCCAGUGCGACCCCGGCACACGUCAGUGGUGAGCUCUGGCCCCUCCGUUCUCAGGUCUACAAUUCAUGAAGCUCCCAAAGCCCAGCUGAGCCCGGGAAUCUAUGAUGACAGCAGUGCUCGCAGGACUCCUGUGAGCUACCAGAACACCAUCUCCAGAGGCUCCCCCAUGAUGAACAGAACUUCUGAUGUUUCUUCCAGCAAGUCUACCAGCCAUGAAAGGAAAUCAACUCUGACCCCAACCCAAAGGGAAAGUAUACCAGCCAAGUCUCCAGUGCCUGGGGUGGAUCCCGUCGUGAGUCACAGCCCAUUUGAUCCCCAUCAUAGGAGUAGCGCUGCAGGAGAGGUUUAUCGGAGCCACCUUCCCACGCACUUGGAUCCAGCCAUGCCCUUUCACAGGGCUUUGGAUCCUGCAGCUGCUGCUUACCUGUUUCAGAGACAGCUUUCACCAACCCCAGGAUACCCAAGUCAGUACCAGCUUUAUGCAAUGGAGAAUACAAGACAGACAAUCCUAAAUGAUUACAUUACCUCACAGCAGAUGCAAGUGAAUCUGCGCCCUGAUGUCACCAGGGGACUGUCCCCACGAGAGCAGCCACUGGGUCUCCCUUAUCCAGCUACAAGAGGAAUCAUUGACCUGACCAAUAUGCCUCCAACAAUUUUAGUGCCUCAUGCAGGGGGAACAAGCACUCCUCCCAUGGACAGAAUCACUUAUAUUCCUGGUACUCAGAUUACUUUCCCUCCCAGGCCAUACAACGCUGCUUCUUUGUCUCCAGAUUUAUGUUUUACAGGGCACCCAACACACCUUGCAGCAGCUGCAAGUGCCGAGAGGGAGCGAGAGCGGGAAAGGGAGAAGGAGCGAGAGCGGGAACGGGAACGUGAGCGGGAACGUGAGCGGGACCGUGAGCGGGAACGGGAACGUGAACGGGAACGUGAGCGCGAGCGCGAGCGCGAGCGCGAAAGGAUCACUGCUGCUCCCGCUGACCUCUACCUACGACCAGGUUCAGAUCCGCCAGGCCGCCCUGGCAGCCAUGGAUAUGUUCGCUCCCCUUCCCCUUCAGUAAGAACUCAGGAGACCAUGUUGCAACAGAGACCCAGUGUUUUCCAGGGAACCAAUGGAACUAGUGUAAUCACACCUUUGGAUCCUGCUGCUCAGCUACGAAUCAUGCCACUGCCUUCUGGGGGCCCUUCGAUAAGUCAAGGCCUGCCAGCCUCCCGUUACAACACUGCUGCGGAUGCCCUGGCUGCUCUUGUGGAUGCUGCAGCUUCUGCACCCCAGAUGGAUGUUUCCAAAACAAAAGAGAGUAAGCAUGAAGCUGCCAGGUUAGAAGAAAAUUUGAGAAGCAGGUCAGCAGCAGUUAGUGAACAGCAGCAGCUAGAGCAGAAAAACCUGGAGGUGGAGAAGAGAUCUGUUCAGUGUGUGUGCACUUCUUCAGCCCUUCCAAGUGGCAAGCCCCAGCCUCAUGCCUCAGUAGUGUAUUCUGAGGCUGGGAAAGAUAAAGGGCCUCCUCCAAAAUCCAGAUAUGAGGAAGAGCUAAGGACGCGAGGGAAGACUACCAUUACUGCAGCUAACUUCAUAGACGUGAUCAUCACCCGGCAGAUUGCCUCGGACAAGGAUGCGAGGGAACGUGGCUCUCAAAGUUCAGACUCUUCUAGUAGCUUGUCUUCUCACAGGUAUGAAGCACCUAGUGAUGCUAUUGAGGUGAUAAGCCCUGCCAGCUCACCUGCACCACCCCAGGAAAAACCACAGGCCUAUCAGCCAGAGAUGGUUAAGGCAAACCAAGCAGAAAAUGAGUCCACUCGACAGUAUGAAGGACCACUGCAUCAUUAUCGGUCCCAGCAGGAAUCGCCAUCUCCACAGCAACAGCCACCAAUGCCCCCAUCUUCCCAGCCAGAGGGAAUGGGACAGGUUCCCAGGACCCAUCGACUGAUCACACUUGCAGACCACAUCUGUCAAAUUAUCACACAAGACUUUGCUAGAAAUCAAGUUCCCUCACAGCCUUCUACUUCUACAUUCCAAACGUCACCAUCUGCUUUGUCGUCCACACCUGGAAGAACUAAAACAUCAAGUCGCUACAGCCCAGAAUCACAGUCUCAGACUGUCUUGCAUCCCAGACCAGGUCCUAGAGUCUCUCCAGAAAACCUUGUGGAUAAAUCCCGGGGAAGCAGGCCUGGAAAAUCUCCAGAGAGGAGUCACAUCCCAUCAGAGUCCUAUGAGCCCAUCUCCCCACCCCAGGGUCCUGCUGUGCAUGAGAAGCAGGACAGUGUGCUGCUCUUGUCACAAAGGGGAGUGGACCCUGCUGAGCAAAGGAGUGAUUCUCGAUCACCAGGAAGUAUAAGCUACUUGCCUUCAUUCUUCACCAAGCUUGAAAGCACAUCGCCCAUGGUUAAAUCAAAGAAGCAGGAAAUUUUUCGUAAGUUGAACUCCUCUGGUGGAGGUGACUCUGAUAUGGCAGCUGCUCAGCCAGGAACAGAGAUCUUCAAUCUGCCAGCAGUUACUACAUCAGGUGCAGUAAGCUCAAGAAGCCAUUCUUUUGCUGAUCCUGCCAGUAAUCUCGGGCUAGAAGACAUCAUCAGAAAGGCUCUCAUGGGAAGUUUCGAUGAUAAAGUUGAAGAUCAUGGUGUUGUCAUGCCCCAUCCUGUGGGAGUUGUGCCUGGUAGUGUCAGCACUUCAGUUGUGACUAGCAGUGAGACAAGAAGAGAUGAAGGGGACCCAUCACCUCAUUCAGCAGUAUGCAAACCAAAGCUGAUCAACAAAUCAAACAGCAGGAAGUCUAAAUCUCCUAUUCCUGGGCAAAGCUACUUAGGAACUGAAAGACCCUCUUCUGUCUCCUCUGUACAUUCAGAGGGUGAUUACCACAGGCAGACACCAGGAUGGGCCUGGGAAGACAGGCCCUCUUCAACAGGUUCUACUCAGUUCCCGUACAACCCUCUGACCAUACGGAUGCUCAGCAGCACACCGCCAACACCGAUCGCAUGUGUCCCGUCUGCCAUCACCCAAGCAGCUCCACAUCAACAGAACCGCAUCUGGGAGCGGGAACCUGCCCCUCUCCUCUCAGCACAGUAUGAGACACUGUCUGAUAGUGACGACUGAGCUGUGCAGAGGAGAGCGCUCUGGCUUUGGUUUUAAUUGCAGAUUAAAAAAAAAAAAAAAAAAAAUGCCCUCCUAUGAUUUGUGCCCAGAGACUUCUCAAGAGAGCCAGGGCCAUGGAUGAGGAAGAAAUGAUGGAAAUUCAUUUGGAAAAUCAAAUGGGGGGAAAAAUCUGCCUCUAAUACAGGCAUUUUAAUGGAUUAUAACAGUGGAGGGUUGAAAUGUAGAGUUUUUUAAAAAGUGGACAAUUCUUGUUCUUACAUCUGUUUGUAAAGAAAACCAUGAUGUCUUUAAAUCACUCUUCUGUAAAUAAUGACCUUUUUGCAGUGUAUCCCCUUGCUGUAGUAUCUGGUGUACUUAAAUUUAAAUCAGCGAAUCAACACUGGGGGUAAUUUUUAAAAUUCUUUGUGUAUCUUUUUAACCCCAGCCUUCUAAACAACCUCACACAGCCCAGUUCUACAGUGCUGGCUGUCAUGGGCAUUGUUCUUUUGUUUCCUCUAAAUUCAGCUUUCCCGGUGAUGUUUAAAUCUUGUGGAAAUAUUUAGGUUUUUAAACAUACCCUGUCAUAAAGCCUAUAUGAGGUCAAAAGGCAGGAGCAACCGAACUGUCAUAUUGUGAUUUUCCAGUGCAGGCUUUACUUUCUUCAUUAGUAGCACUGAAAAAAAGUUACUGCAUGGGUAUGUUAUAGUUCAGUUUAAAGUUGAAAAGGCUUAUUUGAGGCAUACCUCAAUGUUUAUGCACACUGGUAAUUUAACCAUGCCCCUAAGUAUUCUGCAUUUGAUGCAGCCCAACAAAGCUUCUGUUCUGAAAUAAAUUUUGACUAUCCUGUCCAUAGCUACAGUACAUCAUUUGUGACAUAAGAGUCUUCGUUUCUCAGGUUUCAAACAAGAAUAUACAUUCUUUUCUUUAAAUACAGCAGAAUUGGCGGAGUUAAAAAGAUAUCAAUCUGUAUAGAACCUUUCUCUGUCUUCCAGGCUUGUUUUUAUGCUGUAUCCUGAACUAGCCCUUGAACACAGUCCUCUAAUCAGUGCCCACUCUCUGCUUCUAGGGAACACCAGUAAAGUGUUUUCAUUUCACAGAUUCUUAAGGUGCAAGUAAUUUAAAGACUGAAUUUUAAACUAAUUAUGGUACUGUAGGGUCACUUUUAUUCAUUAAGAAUUGCUUGCUGUGAUUCAGAUUUGCUACAUGGCUUUAUCAUGGUGUUUAGGCUUCCUUCCACUGCAUA